AUGUCGAAAUAUUCGUUCCUGUUACUUUUAAUCGCCCAAGUGUUUGUCGUACACGGUUAUAGAAUACUCGGCGUAUUCCCAUCAGCAGACCGCAACAACUACCUCACAUACAAAGGACUGUUUAGUGAGUUAACGAACCGGAAUCAUAAUGUGACUAUCAUAAGCCAUUUUCAACUGGAUACAUCGAACAUUUACCAACAUGUGUCGCUCAGUACUAAUCAGAAAGUUGUGCGCAGUUUCUCUUUUGAGUCAGUGAUAGUGAAUGAAGUGUCGCGGCUUCCAUUUGAGACGCUGGUGUCGACUAAAGCCGGUAAUGACGACUGUAAAAUACUCAUGGACAAUAGUGAGGUGAAUGAAUUGAUAAGAACUCGACCUCGAUUCGAUGUUAUAGUUGUUGAAUCGUAUAACAGCGAUUGCGCUCUCGCUCUGGCAUCAAAUUUGAGUGCACCGUACAUCGCUUUCAAUCCACAACCAAUUCAUCCCUGGCAUUUCAAUAGACUUGGGAUCAAUUUCAAUUCAGCUCAUGUGCCUCAGUCGCUGUUGCAGUACGGAAGGCAGCCCUGGUUUUUCGAGCGUUUGAAGAGUUUUAUUUUGUAUUAUAUUACCCAAUGGGUAUACUAUAUUGGAUCGCAAGUGACGGAUCACGUUUUUUUGUACAAAUAUUUGGGAGACAAUCUUCCUACAUUGGAGAGCAUCGCUUCUAACGCAAGCCUAGUGUUUGUAAAUACACACCAAUCCGUUUUCGGCGGGGUGGCUCGGUCAGACAACGUAAUUGAUAUUGGAGGAAUACACAUCAGGCCUCCCAAGAUUAUUCCCACGGAUAUUGAACGGUUCUUAACCGAAGCCGAACAUGGUGUAAUUUACAUGAACUUAGGUUCAACAAUAAAGGACUCAACACUACCGAGUGAUAAAUUAAAUGAACUGCUAUCAACAUUUGGUAAAUUGCCUCUUAGAGUGUUGUGGAAAUGGGAUGGAGGCAUCGUGGAGAAUCUGCCAAGAAACGUUAUGACUAUGAGAUGGCUGCCGCAAUAUGAUAUCUUAAAACAUAUCAACGUAAAAGCUUUCAUCUCACAUGCUGGUACUCUAAGCACGAUUGAAGCCUUGGAUGCCGGUGUACCAGUCAUUGCAAUACCGUUGUUUGGAGACCAGUAUGGCAACGCAGCUGCUUUGGUUGAUGCUGGAAUGGCCACAAUCGUUCCUUACGAAAACUUGAAGAAGGACUAUCUGUUGGACGCGAUAAAUGAUGUAUUAGAUAUGAGGACACAAGAGCGGGCAAAGAAUGUAUCACGGAUGUGGCGCGAUCGUCCCAUGUCACCCCUUGAAACUGCCAUCUAUUGGAUAGAAUACGUAGCCAGAUACCAGGGAACACCUAACUUAGUGGCGUCAUCUACCACGGUACCUUGGUACCAACAAAUUCAGUUAGAUGUUCUAGCAUUCGUUGGGGCUGUUCUUUACAUACUUGCCUUUGUUGUGAUGAAACUUUUGAGUGUAUGUUGUUGUUGUUGCCGGAGUGAUGUCACUACACACAUUGACGAAAGUGAAGCAAAGGGCUCAAAAAGUGUAAAAUUUGAAUAA